AUGCGUGACGUGUAUCCUCCACCGACUGCAACCGCGAGUCUUGCCACGCAGUUCAGCAUUUACUGCCUGGAGAAGCCGAAGCAAACCGUGCGCGAAGGCGACACAGCAGUGCCCGCGUGCAAAUCAGCACCGACUUCGUCGCCGUCAAAGGCGAAUCUCGCAUCACCCCUUUCCUAUCUCGAUGUGGUGCAGCAGCUUGAUGGAGGCGUUGAGUGGUCCUUCGCCCCCUACCCUCCCUGCAGUCGUGCGCAGCUGCUGCAGGUGCACACGUACUGGGUGGCAAUACCGAAUUCGGCAACAACCGAGACACGGAGGACCAUCGAGCUGAAGGUCAAUGGUGGAGCGUCUGAAAUGCCCAAGGACAAGGAGAGUGCUUCGACCAACAGUUUGGAAGAGGCGAUCACAGCACCAAGGUGUUCGUGUGGCAGAGAUGACAGGUUCCCGGCGAGUUCGUGGCCCAGUGUGCGUGCGCCACGACUUGCCUGUGUCGUUGGCGUCGUGUGGGUGCGUCUAUCAGCAGGCACACGCUUCGCUUGCUCUUUGGUGAAUCGCCGAACACCGCACAGCGGUCACGCCAGCGCUAGCAGCACGACCGCGACCUCCUCAAAUAUCGGCAUGUGCCGCCCCUCUGUGGAGGGUUACAUUCAAGUUGUCCUAACCCACCCGCACUACCGGCGUCGCGGUCUCGCCUCAUGGCUUCUGACGCACUGUUUGGCGCGCACGGAGGUGCCAGCCGGUGUGUUCGCCUCUGACGGGAGUGACGGUGUUGCCUAUACCAUCCAGCGGUGGCACCUGCACACGUUGGCGGUGGCACGGCGGGCAGAGAAGCGUCCCCACGACGACGACAAAGCGACGAGAGGAUGGGCGCAAGAUCGAAUGCAACCGCAGCAGCACCGCCAAGAUGCCAAUCCUGGCAAGUCGGAGCGAGAGAGUAACGAGGAGGCGAUUGUGGCCACGCUUGCCAUGUAUCGCCAGCUGGGAUUUCAUGAGCGGCGCUACCUUGCGCGGUACUACAGCGGUCAAAACGACGCGGUAGAGCUGAUGAAGAUGUGCUCGGGACCUUUUAUUCAUUUUGACGCUGCUCGCCCUAUUUAG